AUGGCUGCCGCUAACCCCAGCCGACGUCUCGCUCCAGCCGCCCUCGGAUGGCAUUUCGUCACUAGCCUGGUCUCCGGACUCGAGCCGGCUGCUCGUGGGCAGCUGGGACUCUGUCUAGCUGACCCCAGCCUCUCGCACCCGCGACCAGUGCUGUGUGUGACCUUUGGCUCCUCCUCGAACGUGGCGUACUCUGGUGGCCUCGACCGCCGGAUCCGCGAGUGGAACCUGGAGACGGGCGAGUGCCGCGUGCUCGGCAAGCACGACGACGCCGUAUCCUCCCUGGCGUGGAUCCCAGAGCACAACCUCCUCGUCUCUGGGUCGUGGGACCGGACGCUGAAGAUCUGGGACCCGUCCGCCGAGGAGCCUCUGCGCUCGACGUCAUCCAUGCCGGAGCGCAUCUACAACAUUGUCUACACGCCCGCUACGGCCAAGGUGCUCGUGUCCAUGGCGCAUCGCCACGUUUCUGUCUAUGGGACGUACGAGCUCGCGAACGCGGCCAAGGAGGGCCGCGAGGCCAAGCCCGACCACACGCGCGAGAGCGCGCUCAAGAUGCUCACGCGCGCUGUGGCGCCGAUGGCGGACGGAAAGGGCUGGGCCUCGGCUAGCAUCGAGGGACGAAUCGCCGUCGAGUACUUUGACCCCGACCCCAGUGCGCAGGCUAUGAAGUAUGCUUUCCGCGCGCACCGCGCGACGGUCAACGGGCAGGAGCAGGUGUACCCCAUCAACGCGCUCGCGUACCACCCCAUCGCCAAGAAGCGCAUGCGCCUGUAUCCCUCUUACCCCACCGCCAUUUCGGCGCUCGCCUUCUCGCCCGACGGGACGAAACUCGCCAUCGGCGUCAGCUACGAGCACGAUAACGCCGUGUCCAACCCGGAGGACCAGACGCGCGUCCUCCUCCUGCUCAAGGAGACGGUUAUGGACGAGUGCAAGCCGAAGGCGAGGUAG